GCAAGUGCAGCCCUUUUGUCGCUGCAUUGCUGGACUGGGGCCUGCACGGCCCAUGCUGGUCAUGGGGGUUAUGUGGACCAUACUCCACCACGCUGGUCGGAGCGGAUUGUGUGGUGGGGCUACAAGUGGCUGUUGUUCGCCGCGGUCCCUGGCGAGUGCCUGCUGCAUUCACAGGGGCCAAGCGAGGCGGCUCUCCCGUCCCCGCGUCUCCCCUUCUGCUGCUCCCCUCUGCCGCCCCCCCUCGUCUCCCCCUCGGCCAGGGAGCCAUGCUUCAAGUGGGAGUGGUGAGUGGCGGCCUGCGGGGCCGGUGCCUGCGGAGGCUCGCAGCGUGCCGGGUGCCGGGCCAGACGCGGCAGUACAGCAGCGAGCCGCUCGACAGCGUGCACAAGCCCAUCAAGAAAGUGCUCGUCGCCAACCGAGGGGAGAUCGCGACGCGAGUCUUCCGCGCGUGCACGGAGCUCGGCAUCCGCACGGUGGCCGUGUACUCGGAGCAGGACACUGGGCAGGUCCACCGGCAGAAAGCGGACGAGGCCUACCUCAUCGGCAAGGGCCUGGCGCCCGUCGCCGCCUACCUGCACAUCCCCGACAUCAUCCGCGUGGCGCAGGAAAACGCCGUGGACGCGAUCCACCCCGGCUAUGGGUUCCUGUCGGAGCGAUCCGACUUUGCGCAAGCCUGCCUUGACGCCGACAUCCGUUUCAUCGGGCCCAGCCCCGAGGUGGUGCGGCAGAUGGGCGACAAGGUGGAGGCCCGCGCCAUCGCCCUCAGCGCAGGCGUGCCCGUGGUGCCGGGUACAGAGGAGCCCGUCGUCUCGUUGGUCGAGGCGCGCCACUUCUGCGAGACCUACGGCUUCCCCAUCAUCUUCAAGGCAGCGUUCGGGGGCGGCGGCCGCGGCAUGCGCGUCGUCCGCAGCUACGAGGAGUUAGAGGAGUCGUUCCAGAGGGCGUAUUCGGAGGCGCUGGCUGCGUUUGGCAAUGGCUCGCUCUUCAUUGAGAAGUACAUCGAGAAGCCGCGGCACAUCGAGGUGCAGAUCCUGGGCGACAAGUACGGCAACGUGGUGCAUCUGUACGAGCGCGACUGCUCCAUCCAGCGUCGCCACCAGAAGGUGGUGGAGAUCGCGCCGGGCGCCAACCUCGACCCGUCCAUGCGAGAGCGUCUCACCAACGACGCCGUCAAGCUGGCUAAGCAGGUCGGCUACGAGAACGCGGGCACCGUGGAGUUCCUGCUGGACAAGAGCGGCCGCCACUAUUUCAUCGAGGUGAACUCUCGGCUGCAAGUGGAGCACACGGUGACGGAGCAGAUCACCGGCGUGGACCUGGUGCACUCGCAGAUCCACAUCGCGGAGGGGCGCAGCCUGCCCAGCCUCGGCCUGCACCAGGACACGAUCCGCAUCAACGGCUGCGCAAUCCAGUGCCGCGUCACCACCGAGGACCCGGCGCGCGGGUUCCAGCCGGACACCGGCCGCAUCGAGGUGUUCCGCAGCGGCGAGGGCAUGGGGAUCCGGCUGGACAGCGCGUCGGCGUUCCAGGGUGCCGUCAUCUCGCCGCACUACGACUCGCUGCUGGUGAAGGUGAUCGCGCAGGGCAAGGACCAGCCGUCCGCCGCCAAGAAGAUGAGCCGCGCUCUGGCCGAGUUCCGCAUCCGCGGGGUCAAGACCAACAUCCCCUUCCUGCAGAAUGUCCUCAACAACUCCCAGUUCGUGUACGGCACCGUGGACACGCAGUUCAUCGACGAGAACCCGGAGCUCUUCAACCUCAAGCCCGGCCAGAACCGUGCCCAGAAGCUUCUCUACUACCUGGGUCACGUGAUGGUGAAUGGAGCCAUGACCCCGCUUCCAGUCAAGGCCAAGGUCUCCGACAUCGAUCCCGUGGUGCCGGACGUCCCUCUUGGCGGGCCCCCGUCGGGAUUCCGGGACGUGCUGGUGUCACAGGGCCCCGAGGCCUUUGCCAAGGCAGUGCGCAAGCACCGCGGUCUGCUGCUCAUGGACACCACGUUCCGCGACGCGCACCAGUCGCUGCUGGCGACGCGCGUGCGCACGCACGACCUCAAGGCCAUCUCUCCGUUCGUCGCUCACUCCUUCAGCAACCUUUACAGCAUCGAGAACUGGGGAGGGGCGACGUUCGACGUGGCGAUGCGCUUCCUGUACGAGUGCCCCUGGAAGCGCCUGCAGAAGAUGCGCAAGCUCAUUCCCAACGUGCCCUUCCAGAUGCUGCUGCGUGGCGCCAACGCGGUGGGCUACACCAACUACCCCGACAACUCCGUCUUCAAGUUCUGCGAGGUGGCCAAAGAGAACGGCAUGGAUAUCUUCCGCGUAUUCGACUCGCUCAACUACCUGCCCAACAUGGUACUGGGCAUGGAGGCGGCGGGCAACGCAGGCGGCGUGGUUGAGGCCUCCAUCUCCUACACGGGCGACGUUUCGGACCCCACCAAGACCAAGUACAACCUCGAGUACUACCUGAAGCUGGCCGACGACCUGGUCCGUGCCGGCACCCACGUCCUGGGCAUAAAGGACAUGGCGGGGCUACUGAAGCCGAAGGCGGCGCGCAUCCUGGUGGGCGCGCUGCGCGAGCGCUACCCGGACAUGCCGAUCCACGUGCACACUCACGACACGGCGGGCGCCGGCGUCGCGUCCAUGCUGGCGGCGGCCGAGGCCGGCGCGGACGUGGUGGACGUGGCGGUGGACUCCAUGUCCGGCAUGACCUCGCAACCCAGCAUGGGCGCCAUGGUGGCCUCGCUGCAGGGCACGGAGUUCGACACGGGCAUCGACCUGCAGAAGGUGUUCGACUACAGCGAGUACUGGGAGGUGGCUCGCCAGCUUUACGCGCCCUUUGACUGCACGGCCACCAUGAAGUCGGGCAACUCGGACGUGUACGAGAACGAGAUCCCCGGCGGCCAGUACACCAACUUGCACUUCCAGGCGCACAGCAUGGGGCUUGGACACAAGUUCAAGGAGGUGAAGAAGGCCUACGCCGAGGCUAACAAGCUGCUCGGGGAUCUCAUCAAGGUGACGCCGUCAUCCAAGAUCGUGGGCGACCUCGCGCAGUUCAUGGUGCAGAACAACCUGACCCGCCAGGAGGUGGAGGAGCGAGCCGAAGAGCUGUCGCUGCCCAAGUCCGUCGUGGAGUUCAUGCAGGGCGCCAUCGGGGUGCCCCCCGGGGGCUACCCAGAGCCACUGCGCAGCAAGAUUCUGAAGGACAUGGAGCGGACCGAGGGCCGCCCCGGGGCGUCGCUGCCUCCCCUGGACUUCGUGCAGCUGGAGAAGGAUCUGAAGGGGCGGCACGGGAGGGACAUCACCCCGGAGGACGUCGUGUCAGCCUCCAUGUACCCGCAGGUGUUCGAUGAGUUCAAGGAGUUCACGGCGCAGUACGGGCCGGUCGAUUGCCUCAACACUCGCCUCUUCCUGGAGGGGCCCCAAAUUGCCGAAGAAUUCCAGGUUGAGCUGGAGAGGGGGAAGACGCUGAUCAUUAAGGCGCUGGCUCUGGGAGACCUCAACAAGGGCCACCGGGAGGUGUUCUUUGAGCUCAACGGGCAGCUCCGAUCGGUGCUCGUCAAGGACACCAAGGCCAUGAAGAACAUGCACGUGCACCCCAAGGCGCUGAAGAGCGUGAAGGGGCAGGUGGGGGCCCCCAUGCCGGGCAAUGUGAUCGAAAUCAAGGUGAAGGAAGGGGAGCAGGUGGAGAAGGGGCAGCCCCUGUGCGUGCUGAGCGCCAUGAAGAUGGAGACGGUGGUGAACGCGCCCAUGACGGGAAAGAUCACCAAGCUGCACGUGCAAUCCAGCAUGCACCUGGAGGGCGACGACCUCAUCCUGGAGAUCGAGUGACGGGCGUCAUGCCGCGCCGGCCCCUCGUCGCGUUCCGUUUCUUCGGGCCUCACCUCUUCAGCCCAAUCCCUCGCCCCUUCCUAACCCUCCCUCCCCCCAUCUCUCCCUCCCUCGCGCUGUGUGCGUGCGUGAAUUCCGCACCUGCGUGGGACGUGGCGCUUGUCCCCUCACCCGUGCGAUAGUUUCACGGUUCUGACUCCCGCGUCGAAUGAAACGCGUUUGGACGCGCCUGCGGGAAAAGCCUGCGCUAGCGUCCACGCACCAUUCGUCCGGGAGCAAGGCGUGUGGCCGUUCUUGGGUAUCGCCGCGGAAUCUGACCAUUGCAGCAAUUGACACUGAAAUUAUUACCUCCGCCCUCUGCUUUCCGGGGCUCGCGAGUGAACAGGGCAGAUAGCGGCACGCGCGCGCUCUCGCGUUUGUCUCGGGAUGUCGCCCGCAGACAUCCCGAGGUCCUGUCCACGCCAGGCUUGGGGUUGACCAAGUGCAAUGAAAGUAUUUUUCUCACAUUGAUCGCAAUUAGGAUUGCUAAAUGAAACUUGACAGUGCCUCGCCGUCGUCAACGCGGUCCGUGUGUCUCGGCAGAGUUCGUGAAAAUAAACCGCGAGUUCGUCACCAGGCAGCUGCACACACAUUGCGUGUCGACCGCCACGCCUAGAAUCCGCCGGUAAUCGUGGGCGUUUGGCACUGUUAUUUAAUUGGAGAUGUUUUGUUUGUUGGAUAACGGCCUUAGCUAACCGAUACCAGCGCGAUGGGAUGAAUACAAACCCCCAAAUCCCCCCGCCCCAACCCCUUUCCCGAGCCUGAUCCAUUUGCAGCGCAGCUUGCGUCUCUGAACCGCACCUUCUUGUGCCCGUACAAAGCCAACAAGUUUCUGGAUGUGAAACCGGAGGCCACUUUUAAGGGUCAGCGUUCGCUUAAUUGUUUAACCUUGAAACGUGUUUGGCCUUGUUGUCUAGGCCGGGGUACACGUCGGCGUCGAAGGUGAAACACAUUAGCCAGCCGUGGCAAUGUCGAGGUUGGUGUCGCGGUUAAUGUUGGGUUGAAAAGGUCGGUCGUCAGGAUUCUGCAGCGGGUAGCUUUAUUGACAAGCGGCUCUUGCAACGAUGAGUAAGUAAAGCAUUGUCGGCGCCAUGUUUUCUGGUUCCAAAAUAUAAUUCCACGAGGUCACAUGGCACAUUUGGACCAAUCGAACGGCAGUUUAACCCAUAGCAUUGACGAAUAGUGGACAAGUGGCGACGGGAGCAUUGCAGAGUUUGCCUGAAGUGCUGAACCGACCGUCUGUGAGACUUGUCGAGCGCACGCCGUCUCCAGAAUUAGAUGAGGAUUGCUCGGCGUUCAUGCAGAAAGCACAGAUUCUCUCCGCCACGACAGCUUGUCACGCCAGAGCCACGGGUAAAUAUAUGCUCAAUUUGUAAUGAGGAUUAAAAGUUUAUAAUUACAUUUCAAAUCAAAAAUUUAAACCAGGAUGUGUAUUAGUCCCAUAAUCUGUUAUCUGACUGAGAGGGGAUGGGGCGGUGUGAGCUGUGAGCUAUUUCAACCCUUUGCUCGCAAGAAAACGGUAGUGAAAAUAACAAAGUGUGAAAUAAGUUAAUACCGUGCUAUAUUUUCAGCAGUGAGAAUACUCAAGUAAGAAUUCCGGGCCACUAUCUUAGAAAUGAACGCCUAAUUUUCGAACCAAUUUUU